AUUUGGUGAGAGACGGAGCGGGAUCUAGUCAAUCCAGAUUAUAAAGGCGGCGCCCUACACCGGAAAUGUGACGACAAUCUUUAAAGCAAGUUUAGUGGGCGCAAAAGUAAUUUAAACGGGCGUAAAUUUUCUGCGAGGCACGCCUGGCAGAUGGAGUUAUCCCUGCUCCGCUCCGCCAGACUCGGCCUAGAAGUACUGGAGAGAGCCUCGAGACGGAGUGUAGACUGGUCUAGUUCGAAUCCGUAUCCCAGUACAACACCAAAGGAUGACAACGCCGUGAGUGAGGAGGUUCAGGGAGACUCAGCCCACACAAGCCUGGAUGAUGCUUUUGAGACCAUAGCUGAAUUCAUGGCACAGACAACAUAUCAAUGCAAGAACUUUUACAUGUCGGAGACAGAGCCUAUGGAAAAUGAGAGAACCCAUGUGUGUAGAUACCAUUCUCAAUCUCACCAACACCCAGGGACCUCACUGCAGACCAGGAAACAUGCACAGUCAUCACCUGAGGAUUUCCACAUUGAGGUGUCUCCAGGUACCUAUAAAAUUACUGCAGGAGCGCAGGACUCACAGCAACAGACCCGGGUAGUACGCAUUAAUGCAGGAGAGAGCAUGAACCUCACAUUUCACCUCUAACCUCUCACCCCUGACCAAUCCCCAUGAUUUUUCUGUUAACAAUAACAAAACUGCCCAACCUGAAUGUUUACGUACAUAUUUUCACGUCCUACUAUCGUUUUCUGUUGAAAUGUCGCGUUAGAGUGAUAAUGUUAUUAAUUUGCUGCUAAAUGAGAAGCCAUAUUUUGAUGAUUGAAUCAUGAUUUUAUUUUUAUAUUCAAUUUUGUAUGUAAAAUGUCUAUCCAAACGCAUCAUGUAAAGAAUUUUUUUUGUUUUUGUCAUCAGUAUAAUAAAGUAUAUAUUUUAUAUCAAUGA